CAGGGCCAAGAGCGCUGUCAAGAAAGAGAGCCACGCCCCCUCCGCUAGCCGCCAAACCGCCACAAGUCAGCAGCAGCAGGACAAAUCGCCAAUCACAAGGCACCUUUGAGAACUUCAGGAUGCAGAUGUCUCUAGCCCUCGCCUGCCUCACCCUGGGCCUGGCCCUCAUCUUUGGUGAAGGGUCCGCCCUGUACCAACCCGAGUCCCAGGCGGCUCAGCUGGCCACAGACUUUGGGGUGAAGGUGUUUCAGCAGGUGGCGCAGGACUCCAAGGAUCGCAAUGUGAUUUUCUCACCCUAUGGGGUGGCCUCAGUGCUGGCCAUGCUGCAGCUGCCAACAGGAGGAAAAACCCGGCAGCAGAUCCAAUCGGCAAUGGGAUUCGAGAUUGAGGAGAAGGGUGUGGCCCCUGCCCUCCGCCAACUGCGCAAGGAGCUCCUGGGGCCAUGGAACAAGGAUGAGAUUAGCACCACCGACGCCAUCUUUGUCCAGCGGGAUCUGAAGCUGGUCGAGGGCUUCAUGUCCCACUUCUUCAGGCUGUUUCGGACCACGGUCAAGCAGGUGGACUUCUCAGAGGGGGACAGAGCCAGAUUCAUCAUCAAUGACUGGGUGAAGACACACACGAAAGGUAUGAUCAGCGACUUACUUGGGAAAGGGGCUGUGGACCAGCUGACGCGCCUGGUGCUAGUGAACGCUCUCUACUUCAACGGCCACUGGAAGACGCCCUUCCCCACCGAGGGCACCCACCAGCGCCUGUUCCACAAGUCCGACGGCAGCACUGUCUCUGUGCCUAUGAUGACUCAGACCAACAAGUUCAACUACACCGAGUUCACCACCCCUGACGGCCAUUACUACGACAUCCUGGAGUUGCCCUACCACGGGGACACCCUCAGCAUGUUCAUUGCUGCUCCCUAUGAGAAAGAGGUGCCCCUCUCUGCCCUCAUCAACAUCCUGGACGCCCAGCUCAUCAGCCAGUGGAAAGGCAACAUGACCAGACUGCCCCGCCUCCUGGUUCUGCCCAAGUUCUCCCUGGAGAGUGAAGUUGACCUCAGGAAGCCCCUGGAGAACUUGGGGAUGACCGACAUGUUCAGCCCGGGCCAGGCAGACUUCACGAAUCUUUCAGAGCAAGAGCCUCUGCACGUCUCGCAGGCACUGCAGAAAGUGAAGAUUGAGGUGAACGAGAGUGGCACGGUAGCAUCCUCCUCCACAGCCAUUGUGGUCUCAUCCCGGAUGGCCCCCAUGGAGAUCAUCAUGGACAGACCCUUCCUCUUUGUGGUUCGGCACAACCCCACAGGAGCAGUCCUUUUCAUGGGCCAAGUGAUGGAACCCUGACCGUGGGAAAAGAAGCCUUCAUCUGGAACAAAACUGGAAAUGUAUCAGAAAAGAAGAAACUAGGAAGAAAAGAAUUUUAGUUUUACUGACUCUUUCUGGAGAAAGACAUUUGCCUUUUUGAAAAAUGGUAAAUCUUUCACAUCUGUCUCCUAGACCUCAGCCUCUCCCAGGAGUUGGAAAGAGGCCCUUCAGGUCAAACUCCCCAGUCUCUAACGGGGACCCCGGGAGAGGGGUCUCAAGUGCAAGGCCCUGCACGUCGCCAAACCAGACCAUAACACCCACAGAACCGUCCGUACAGCUGCUUCCACCCGUCUCUCUGCCCACUCAGGUCUUCAGACCAGGUUCCUGCUGGGCCCUGGCAGGAGGGAGCCACAUGGCUCACAGGAGCUUUGUGUGCUGGUUAGAAGCGAUCUGUGUUCCAGUCGCGUCGCCCUCACCCUUGCACUGUCUACCACUGCCGAGGAGGCUGGCGACAGGCCAAAGGCGGCCAAUAGAAGAAACACCCUUUCAUCCCAAGGACUGCUCUGGCACUGACCACCUGUCCCUAGCGCAGAGCUGGCACAGCGCACGCCCCUCAACGCUGAGACCUCUGGGCCUGGCCCUUCCCCUCCCCAGAAACAGUGUACAUGUGUUACUUUGGAGUGUAGGUGACUUGUUUACUCAUAGAAGCAGGUUUUUGCUUCCCUUUCUUUUACAGGAAUAGAGGAAGAAAGGUCAGAUGUGUGCCUGGCUCCUCGCCCCCCAUCUCACGGUGGGGAAGGUGGGAUGCCACGGCUGUGCCCGAAUAUUUAUCACAUCCUUGCCCUUGUGUGCUUAUUAGCGACAAAGAGGACUAUUAAGGGGGAAAAAGCCAUUGUUUAAACUUGCUCUUAGUGUUGUUCCUUUGUGGUCUGUGUCAUUGCAUCUCAGGAGUCUGGCCACUUGACUGUCAUACCCCUCCGGGUGUCAAGCGUGAUGGGGCCCACACUGCCACCUUGUGGCUGCCUGGCCUUUUUCCACUUAAUGGAUCAGGGCCCCUGCGGAGGUGAGCCAACUUCAGCCUGCUUUAGGGACCAAAAGGACGGGGUGGGUGAGAGACGCUGGAGUGAGGACAGAGAGGCUUCAAAUUUUUUCAAUAUAUUUAGGAACAGAAAUGCAAGGGGCUGCACGACCUACCAGGACAGAACUUUCCCCAAUUACGGGGUGACUCACAACUGCAUUGGUGACUCACUUCAAUGUGUCAUUUCCGGCUGCUGUGUGUGAGCAGUGGACACGUGAGGGGGGGGUGGGUGAAAGAGACAGAAAGCUCAGAUUCAACUACCUUAGUUAGAUAAUCUUUUUGAAAAGCUACUAGCUAGAGGGUAUGGCACGAAGAUUAAUUUAUUGAAGAAUUGCACAUAGAUCUGAAAUGAAUGUACUCUAAUAGAAGUCUAAUCCAUGAUGCCCUUCACUGAAAAAUCCUCAGACUUUGUUUUUUUUUUCUUUUUUGAUUAUGCACUGGACAGCAAUGACCACACACAGUACCCACAGAGGGUGGGGUCAAAUGCUCUUGAAAUUGUGUUGAAUUAUAUGCUUUUUCACUUUUGAUAUAUAAACAAGUAAAAAUGAUUCAAAAAAUAAUAAAAUAAAUAAAUAC